AUGCAGUGUGGUGUGAUACUGUGCUUCAUACUGCUGUCUCUCUCAGAGAGAGUUAGUGGCCAGGGCAGAAGGAAGAACAAACAGAAGGCGGAGAACCUGGUAGUCCUAAAUGAAGGAAAAACUCUGAUAUGUCCAGUGGAAGUGGCUUUUUUGGUGGACAGUUCAGAGAAAGCCAAAGUUUUACUGUUUGAAAAACAGCGGGAAUUCGUGCUGCGCUUCAGUACACGGCUAAUGCAGCUUCAAGUGCCCGGCUGGCACAUGCGGGUACGCCUGGCGGCCCUGCAGUACAGCAGCACCGUCUCAGUGGAGCAUAACCUCCGUGACUGGCAAGACGUGGACGUGUUCCAGAGUCGGGUGGCGGCUAUGGCCUACAUCGGGCACGGCACCUACUCGGCCUACGCCAUUACCAACGCUACGCAGCUCUUCAUCCGUGAAACAGCAGCCAGCAGCCUGCGGGUGAUACUGCUGAUGACUGAUGGGGUGGACCACCCUCGGAGUCCCAGCGUACUGACGGCGGCUGCCGAGGCCAAGAACCACAACAUUCGUGUUUUUGCCAUCGGGCUGACGGGGCCCUUGCGGGGUGGGCACGGAAAUGCCAAGCUGAGAUCUAUUGCUACUGCACCGCCCCAGCAGAAUGUCUUCAGCCUUACUGAUCCCCUGCUGGAUGAAAGGCUCUUCUCUGAACUGUCCGAAAUGAAGGACAGGACAUGCCCACAGCCCAAAUCCUGUUUGUGUGAUAAAGGAGAGAGAGGUUCCCCAGGAAGUCCAGGUAAACCAGGAGACCCAGGAUUUGAUGGAGCUCCUGGGCCAAAAGGAUCUAGAGGAGAACCUGGAUUAAAUGGACGUCCAGGAAUGGAAGGACUUGAGGGAAGGCCAGGAAGUAAAGGAGAAAAGGGGGAGAGAGGAGAAUGCGGCGCCCCAGGGAUGAAGGGAGAUCAAGGGCCUGAUGGACCUCCUGGACAACGUGGACCAAGAGGAGAGCAGGGUCCUAAUGGAAGCCCUGGUGAACCAGGGCCAGAGGGCCCACCAGGGCCUAAAGGUGAACGUGGGCCUGCUGGAAUAAGAGGGCCUCCGGGGGAUCCUGGCAUUGGAUUUCCUGGUGCAAAGGGAGACAAAGGAAAUCAGGGAAGACCUGGACCCACUGGUCCUCUUGGGGUGGGAGAACCAGGCCAACAAGGCCCACCCGGACCCCCUGGGAUACAAGGAAAUCAAGGGUUUCCAGGGGAGGGUUUACCAGGGCCGAAGGGUGACAGAGGAUAUGAUGGUCCCAAGGGAGCACGUGGCCCCCCAGGGAGCGGUAUCAAGGGUGACAAGGGGAAUACAGGGGCCCCAGGUUUGCCAGGACUUGUGGGUUUUCCAGGAGUGGGGAUUCAGGGAGAGAAGGGAGACCAGGGGCCAAUUGGUCCCCCAGGUCCAAGAGGGACUCCUGGGCUUGGCAUAGUCGGUCCAAAGGGGGACCAGGGUUUCCCAGGAGAACCUGGGCCACAGGGGGAAAGAGGGGUUGGAGAACCAGGACCAAAGGGGGAACCAGGACCAGAUGGCACUGCUGGGAUUCCAGGUAUUCCUGGUGAGGAUGGAGCUGUGGGACCUAAGGGGGAAAUGGGGUUACCAGGGCUAAGAGGUCCUGAGGGAGCACCAGGCAAAGGAAUCCCAGGGGAGAAGGGAGACCGAGGUGACAGAGGGCCCAGGGGUCUACCUGGGAUCCCUGGAGCAGUGGGGCCAGCAGGGGCCAAGGGUGAGCCAGGCAGCAUGGGUGUAAUGGGUGUGCCCGGGCCACCUGGGCGGGGACUACCUGGCUCAAAGGGUGACCCUGGGCCUGUUGGUCCACCAGGGCCGGUUGGAGAGCCUGGAGUUGGAAUUGCUGGACCAAAGGGUGACAGAGGAAAUCCUGGACCAGUUGGACCACAAGGGUUAAAAGGAGAAGGCUAUCCUGGGCCCCAGGGACCUCCAGGGUUGCCUGGGCCACCUGGAGAGGUUGGGCCUGAAGGAAAAGGAAUACCAGGACCCAAGGGUAACAGGGGCCCUCCAGGUGUCCCUGGAUCCUCGGGGCCACCUGGAAUAGGUCUUAUUGGAUUAAAGGGUGCUGUCGGUCAACCUGGGGCACCUGGUCCUCCGGGGCCUCCAGGAGAGGGCAUUCAGGGACCCAAGGGGGAUCCUGGCUUUCAGGGGCCACUGGGGCCACGUGGCCCUCCAGGAGAGGGCCUUCCUGGAGAAAAGGGAGAAAGGGGCAUGGGUGGUGAGCGUGGAAAAAAAGGAGAGAGAGGAGAUUUUGGUGCACCAGGACAAACAGGAUCCCCGGGCAUACCAGGAGAGAAGGGGGACCCAGGCCUAUCAAGAGAGGAAGUUAUCAGGAUAAUCAGGGAAAUUUGUGGUUGUGGUCUGAGGUGCAGGGAGAGCCCCCUAGAGCUGGUCUUUGUGAUUGACAGUUCAGAAAGCGUUGGGCCGGAGAACUUUGAAGUGGUGAAGGACUUUGUGAAUGCUCUGAUUGACCGCGUGUCAGUGAGCCAUGAGGCCACGCGUGUGGGGGUCGUCCUCUAUAGUCACAUGGAUGUUGUGGUGGCCAGUUUGCAGCAAUUGUACGAUAAGGCCGGCAUCAAAGCCGCGGUACGAAAAAUGGCCUAUUUGGGCGAGGGCACCUUCACGGGUAGCGCCAUCCGUCGGGCCACCCAGCUCUUCCAGGCUUCACGUCCCGGUGUGAGGAAGGUCGCCGUGGUGCUGACGGACGGGCAAGCGGACCGGCGAGAUUCCGUGAAGCUGGAGGAGGCGGCAGAAGAGGCUCGCGCUGCUGGUAUCGAGGUCUUCGUGAUUGGAGUGGUGAACCAUAAUGACCCAAUGUACUUUGAAUUCCAGAGUGAAAUGAAUUCCAUAGCCUCAGACCCCAGCCAGGAGCACGUCUACCUGAUCGAUGACUUCAUGACCCUGCCCACUCUGGAAAGUAAGCUCCUGAGUCAGAUUUGUGAAUACGAUGACGGGACACUGUUCAUCCCUAACGAGAUUACCCAGUACCCACCUGGCCGUGUCUCUACCCCUGAGGAGAGAGACAGUGUAGUCAGAUACAACAAUGAGGUGAAGAGAUUGAGUGAAAAGCCUGGCUUCCAAGUCAAGCUUGUUACCCCGUCUCCCCCACGACCGCUUGAAACAGAGGGACGUGAAAACAAUGAAAUCGUCUCCAUCAAAACGCUUCCUGAUGAUAGGCCUAAUGAAGUACCUGACCUCACUGCUGCACAGUCUGAGUUUGGGAGUAGAGGGCGACCACAGUCUUCUGUCAUCUCCGUAGAGGGUCCCCAGGGUUCUACUAACUGGGUUUAUGAACCACAGACAACAAAACAGCCGCCGCUAGCACAAACAUUACCACCUCCUCCCCCACUGCCUGAUAUCUUUGUACCAGGAGUGGGCUGUCGCCAGCCUUUGGAGCCUGGACCCUGUCGGGAGUAUGAGGUCAUGUGGUACUAUGACCCAGAGGCCAAUGCCUGUGCCCAGUUCUGGUAUGGUGGCUGCAAGGGCAACAGAAACCGCUUUGAAUCAGAGGACAGCUGCAAGAAAGCAUGCGUGCAGACGUAA